AUGAAUAUUUUUCUUUUGUGUUUAAAUGUUAAGCGAUUUAUUUAAAUAGAUUUUUAUGGGUUCAUCAUGACAGUAAAAUAAGAUUCUAGUUUAGAAUUUAGUUUCCUAUGGUAUCUUCAACUAGUUUGAUGCCCGGAAAAAUGUAUCUGAGACUCGUACCGCAUCUGGCUUGUAUUAUUUUUAUUUUGGAAAUUCAGUUUAGAAUUUCCGAGUCUAACUCUCCGUGCCCCCAUAAUGAAGGAAUAGACGAAGAUAUAGCUGAAGCAAUUCUAAGUGACUGGCCUGCAAAUGUGGAUUUGAGUAGCGUAAAAAGGUCACACAAGUGUUAUGUGACCUGCAUUCUGUAUUAUUACAAUAUUGUGAGCUACUCUGGUGAGAUAUCUCUGGACAAGUACUACGAUACUGGGGUCAUUGAUGAGCUUGCGGUGGCACCCAAAAUCAAUCGAUGCCGAUAUGAGUCUAGAAUGGAAACAGAUUAUUGUAGCCGAAUUUUCGCUAUAUUCAAUUGCUUAAGGCAAGAAAUAUUAGCGAACUAAUAAAAAAACACUUUAAACCGCACGAUAGUUCUUUUAUUAUUUUGUGAUCACAGCAGAAUUUAAUCUUUAAGAUAUAUAACAUAUAUGUGUGGAGUUCGGAGUGAGAAUUCAUGGACUCCCUAAAAUUCAAAAGAAUCCAUAAAAUUAAUAUACAUCCGGUUCUCUCUUUGUUUUCAAUUGUUUAUAUUAUUAAUUAAUAAGUCACAUAUCAAAUU